AUGAGUCCAAUGGUUACGGGCUUCGAUCCUUACACUUACACAAGCGGCCACUGGCUCCGUCACGACAAACUGGAACGGGACCUGCGCUACAUCAAAUUCGACUUUGACGCGCUUUGCCGCGGGUUAUCGAGACGAGUUGUUGUGGCACGGCUUCUGUUUGCAAUUGCUGGGCCGCCAAAGUUGAGUACUACUUCUGAAGUUGCUACAAUUAAGUAUCUACAAGCAAAGACCAGCAUCCCAAUACCGAAAAUCCUGGACUGGAGCAAUGAUGCCUCAUCAAACCCCAUUGGGAGCGAAUACAUCAUCAUGGAACAUGCCGCCGGGGUUCAGUUGCACAAGAAAUGGCCGGAUAUGACGGGUGACCAGCAAGUCAAAUGCAUAGGUGCUAUCUAUCGGAAGGUCAAAGAAAUGGUGGACCUGGAAUUUCCCGCUUAUGGGAGCCUCUAUUUUGUUGAUAAUAAUAGCCUGCUAGAUUAUUCGGCCUCCUCAUUCAAGCAACAACCCUUGGAUGAUGGGGAAUUCUGCAUUGGACCCCGCUGCGGAGCUAGAUAUUGGGAUUGCAAUAAUGCUGGUGAGCCAAGAUAUUACCACAACACGAAACCCAAUCAUGGUCCAUGGAUCCCAUCUAUCGAUCCUGAGCUUGAGAAGCAACCCUUCUAUCAUGGAUCUGUUCAGACACACGUCAGCCUCUUGGAAUGCGCUCGCACUGUGCUAAAGCAAAUGUCUGACGAUCCUCGGAUCCGAGACGCUGCUGCUACACCCGUGUUGUUCCACCCUGACCUUCACAAAAGAAACAUAUUUGUUUCAGACGACGACCCUUGUGUCAUAACGAGUAUUAUUGAUUGGCAAUCGGCUAGUAAUGAGCCGGCAUUUUGGUAUGCGGACGAGAUACCGGAUUUUGCGGAACCCAACAAUAAUGAGAUAUGUGCCCAGACUUUCGACGUUUGCACUCAAUUCCUCACCCCAAAGCUUUCUCGUCCUAGGUUGAUGGAUGAAGCAGAAGCUCUGUUUCGGCCUUUUCGCUAUUGCUACAGGACGCGGAAAGACGGCGCUGUUUUGCGGGCUCAUGUCCCUAUCCGAUGCCCACGCCGAGCGAACUCGCCGUCCAUCGGAAGGAGUACAGAAUGUUUGAAGCCGCGCAGAAUCUGCGACGGGAUCUGUCCAGCUUGCUCAAUACUGCAUCUGACGGAUGGGGUUCCUGCGGAGGACUGGGAAGCUACGCAGUUGGCUCAUAGGCAAAUGUUCGACGGGAUGUUGCGAGCUGUAUUGACAAAUGAAAAUCCGGACGAUGAUGAGCCGGUGAGAAAUGAAGGAGAUCUCAGGUCCAUCUGGCCGUUUUGA